UAUAAUUUUGGCAACUCUGCUAAAUUACAAUUCAUUACUCAUCUUGUAGAACGUUAAGUUCUACUGGGGAGAAAAUUACAAUUUUUGUUGGAGAUUUUGCAAUAGCUUAAAUCAAGAGAAUAAUAAAUUAAUCACAUAAUUGGUUGGUAAGCAAAAGACUAUAGGUAGAAAAUAUUAAAAUGGUGCCGGCUGCAGAAGAAGCGCAAAUAGCAAAAUUAUUAUCAAAGUAUAAACAUGCGAAUGUUACAAAGAAAGAAGUUAUUGAUGUGAUAGCUAAUUAUAGGAGUUUGCAAUAUCAAUUGCAGAAAUUCGUUUUUAAUGAUGGCAGUUCCAAGGAUUUGUUUAACUUACAGGGCACUAUACCAGUUGUAUACAAGAAUAACACAUACUACAUUCCCAUUUGUAUCUGGUUAAUGGAUACUCAUCCAGUGAAUGCACCUUUUUGCUAUGUAAAACCUACGCAAAACAUGCAAAUUAAGGUUUCAAUGUAUGUAGAUCAUAACGGACGUAUCUAUUUACCAUAUUUGCAUGAUUGGCAACCUAAUUCUAGCGAUUUAUUAUCUCUGAUACAAGUUAUGAUUGUCACGUUUGGUGAACAUCCACCAGUUUAUUCUAAACCCAAAGAACAAGUAACGCCAUAUCCCACAUCAUCGUUUAUGCCACAGCCAGGGGGAACCCAAAAUGCGGCAACAGGGCCUGGAAACUCUUACUUACCGUAUCCCACCAGUGCCGCAAGUGCCUUUCCCCCAUAUCCUCCGACCGCUUCUAAUAGCUUCAGUGGUUAUCCCCCCUAUCCAGCAGCAAACAGUGCUGUUGGCGCCAGCUCGACUUCCGGUGCCGUCACUUUUCCACCGUAUAUGAACUUUUCUUCAGUUCCUGGCUAUAAUUCAGGCUAUAAUUCUUCAAAUCCUAGCACAACUGGCACUAUAACGGAGGAGCAUAUUAAGGCGUCUCUGGUAAGUGCGGUGGAAGAUAAAUUACGACGUCGUGUUCAAGAAAAGGUCAAUCAAUGUCAAGCGGAAAUUGAAGCCUUAAAUCGAACCAAGCAAGAGUUGGUAGAGGGCAGCGCUAAAAUUGACGCCAUUAUAUUGCGCCUGCAACGUGAAGAGAUGGAAUUAGAGAAAAAUAUAAAUAUUUUGCGUGACAAAGAACAAGAAUUAGAGAAAAACUUGGAAUCUUUGGAAAAUUCUGAAGUAAUCGAUCCUGAUGAAGCUGUUACAACCACCGCACCAUUGUAUAAACAACUACUUAACGCUUAUGCUGAGGAAGCUGCCACAGAAGACGCCAUUUAUUAUCUGGGUGAAGCUUUGCGAGGCGGGGUUAUUGAUUUAGAAACUUUUCUAAAGCAUGUUCGCCAUUUGUCACGCAAGCAAUUUAUGCUACGUGCUAUUAUGCAGAAGUGCAGACAAAAAGCCGGUCUAGCUGGCUGAACAGUUAAAAAUUGCUAAUGACGCUUUGUCAACUCUUCGUAACGAAUGUAAAGUGUUAUAAAAAUAGUUAUGUGUUUAUUAUUACUCAACGAUAUUC